AUGCCAGUUCAUGCACAUGUCGACGCUCAAACCUUGCAGGCGGUACUGCAGACCGUGUGGGUUACCGGAGAGCCAGCCAUAAUCGCUCCCUCAGCGUUCUUGGGGGAGCUUGACGCCAUCGUUGACGAAGUUAAAAAAUACGGAAUGAAACUAGCGAGUGUUCCAAACGGUGGGAUUACUAUUCUCCCACCCCUUCCUGUAAGUGCUUCUGAACUCUUUGACUUUUGUGCUGACUACUGUAAAGCUCGGACGCGCGAGGAGCGCCUAAUAGUGCGCCAUCGGAUAAAUACCCACAACUUCUUGAUGAGGGAUUCUGUCGUUCGGAUGCCCUGUCGGCUCCUCUAUAACCCGGCUGACUACAUUCUUCGAAUAGUGCAUAUCUGUGGGGAGCUUGUCACUGCCUCGGAGGAAGAGUAUCACAAAGCUUACGUCAUCGUGCCACUUUUGCACAUCAGUCCUGUUCAGGACGUCUGUGAAAGGCUGCGAAGAAUGUUUCAAUCCGGCUCACUGCAGCAUACCCAACCUUGGGUGGUUGAGGAGGAGUUGGGGGACGGAAGUCCAGAGAGAUCUACAAGCAACAACCCUUUCAGCCCUGAUGCCAUUGAGAGCGGUAAUAGCGAGCCGAGCACCGACGGUAACGGAAACGACGGCAAUGAUGGCCGUCAUGAUGAUGAAGAAGAAGGCGCCAUGGACGUAGAUCUGACUGGGCAAGAAACUGUUGACAACACGUCUGGUCCAGUUGGCGAGUUCCUCUUGGAGAAAGAUUUCGAGGUGGUAACAGAGAGUGGUAUUUUUUACGACGAAUCAGGGGAGCGUGUGCAGGCCAUAUUUGUGCGGGGUGGUAUAAAAAAAGAAAUAUGCAAGAGAGCCGCAGUGGCCUUGGAGGCGGCUGCGACGACAAAAAAUCUGCGCAAGGCAACGAACGGUGGCAAGACGAACCCGGAGACAGGCAUUGUAGGUUACUACGACUAUCUCAACAAUCCUACCCAGCGCAAGUGCCGCGAAACAGAGUUCACACGAAAGAACUGGAGCAUUAUUGCUGAUCCUUGUGAGAAUUUCCUCGUUGCACUAAAUAGGUUGUACAGCGAGUGUGCACCGACGCAUUACAAACUUCAGCGCAUCGCUAUUCCACAGCACUACCAGCUGUUUAACACAGUGUUUAGUACCGUUACAGUGAACCGAAACUUUCGGACAGCCGUGCACACGGAUAGUGGGGACUUUCGAAGUGGGUUGGCUGCAUUGUGCGUGAUAGACGGGAUCUUUGAUGGCUGUCAUUUGGCCAUUAAAAAACUAGGUAAAGCCUUUCGAAUUGAAACAGGCGAUGUUCUUUUCUUUGAUACUUCCCUGGAGCAUGGGAAUACCGAGGUACACAACUUUGACUACUGUUGGAAGCGUGUGAGUGUCGUCUGUUAUAUGCGUACUGGUCUGGCAUCCCAACAAUGUGAGAUGGAGCGGCGUAGGCGAAUCAACCGAGAUCUUGCGAAGCAACUUCUUCUCGAAAAGAGCAGGCAGAGUGUUGUUAAUUUGAACAAAACCGAUCCUAAGCUCCCUCCUUUGUAUGUGCCGUGGAAACUGGUGAGUGUGCUGUCUCCGAUUCAGCAGUCAGCCCUUGGAUUUAUCGUGGAUCGCCUGAGUAAAGGCAACGGAUGUGUCCUUGCAUUGACGAUGGGACUUGGCAAAACAUUGGUUUCUUUGGCCCUGUGCUUUUCAUAUCUUUGUCAGUCGAGCCCAUCUGACAUACUUAUCUUGGCACCAAAAACCGUUCUUACACAUUGGAUAAGUGAGAAACAAAAGUGGGAGCAAUAUGGUCUUGUGAUUCCGGAGUUUCUGGUAUCCGAUGGAACAGAUUCCGCGUCAUUUGAAGUUGCACUGAAGCGAUACGAACAACAAAUGAGUGGGGAGGUACCGCGAACCAGUCAUGUUUUUGUCAUAAACCCCGAGUACGUCAAAACAUUUUUAAGGAAACUCACUGGAUUCCGUCCUAGUCUCAUGAUUGUGGAUGAAGGUCAUCGUGUGUCUUCGAAGGGAAACAAACUGAAGGACAUUUUGGACGGUACAAAAUGUUCGGCACGUGUGAUUCUCUCUGGAACACCUGUGCAGAACAAUGCGGAAGAAUUAUACCGACUUAUAGGGUGGAUAAACAGUGAUGUCCAUUCGGUUUUGCCACCGCGUGUCUUUACUGAAUUGGCAGGUUCUAUCAAUCGGUACAUAAAUGGGGAUAACUCUGCAUUUAGCGCCGCUGUCUCUGCUCAACGUUACAUUCAGGAUUGGAUGAGCUCAUAUGUAUUUAGCGUCAUGAAGGCAGACCUCCCACCGCUCUUUGAUUACAUCAUUAUUUGUGGGCUUUCAAGUGUUCAGCAAAAGAUGUUCGAGGAUCAUCUCAAUAUCAAUGAAACUGUUGGAUUCACUGUACUAAAGGCAUCGGAGCAUCGCCCCUACCAUCUCUCGACGCAUCCACUGUGUUUCUUGGGUUUCAUAUCGGGAUUGUACAAGUCUCUCACUGGAACACAUAGAUCGGCGGCGGAGAUUGUGGAGGAGGAUGAAGAAAAGGAAAAUGAAGAUGCUACACAGUCAUAUACACUUAGCGACGACGAUACGGCGCUGAUGGAUGACUGUCUGUCAUUGGUAAACUCUGGGCACUUAGUUGAAUUUGUUGGUCUCAGUGGAAAGCUGACGGUACUCAUUUCAAUUCUACACGCCAUACGUGAAAAGAAGGAAAAGGCCAUUAUAUUUUCUCAAUAUGUCGGAUCACAGGACUUCAUUUCUCGGACUUUAACUUCCUUCGACAUCGUCUCCUCUACUAUCCGUGGGAGAGACUGUCACGAUCGACGGCGAAGAACGAUAGAAAAAUUCAGAGAAGAUGAAACCAUUACAUGUCUUGUUUUGUCGACUCAGAUUGGCGCCUAUGGCCUCGAUUUCACUGCCGCCAAUCACGUCGUUAUGUGGGAUAGCUGGUGGAAUCCACAAGUGGAAACGCAAGCCAUUGCGCGAGCGUACCGGCGUAAUCAGACAAAACCAGUUGUUGUUUAUCGACUCGCAUCUGCAUUUGAGGACACUGUUAUUUUGAAUACACAGGUGAGAAAGCUGGCGCUGUUUAAAUGUAUUAUGAACGAGCAAACAUCACGGGCUGUACCACCUGAAGAACUGUUUGACUGUGUUGACAGUGAGGAAGAUGAUGAACGACGACUUUUGUGGUUGUCACUCAAAGCAAGCCGGCUUGAGGGUGGUGCGCCAGCCGUAUCAAAAAUUAUCCGUUACGAUGAUACUGUGAGAAGCGAGUCGUGGAAGUGA